UCAUAGCCCAUGCCCAUUUACAGUGAAUCCGACCCGCAGUCACUCUGCAAAACCUAAUUGUCAUCGGCGACGCCUCCUCCGUCCACGAACGCUCACGGAGUUUUUCUUCUCCUCUGUAAAACUUAUUGAUUUCCGGUGUCAGACAUCUCUCCUCUCAGAUAAAUAAAGGAUUCUUCCCCUCUUCUGUGGUUUUCCUUUCUGCAACUCGACGGAUUUGGCGAACCCUGCUGAAUUGUGGAUCCAUGGCUUUGGUGCCUUCUGAUUCUGCGGCAUUGUCGUCCUCCCAGCACGCAUACCCUGCUACGGGAACCACCUCAUAUUUCCCGACGCCGUUUCACCUUCAACAAACACCUGCCCCAUCCUCAGCCCCUUACAUCGGGGCAACCCCACCUCCUGCUGUUCCUUCAGUCGCACAACCUGUUUACCCAGCUCCUGUUGGCGUCUACUCUUUGCCUCAAUAUCAACAGGCCCAACAGUUGUUUCAAAGGGAUGCUCAGACAAUAACACCUGAAGCUCUUGAAAGUGUAAAAGCUGCACUCGCCAGUGGUGAUAUAGAGCACAAAGCAGAGACUAAAAAGAAAGCAAUUCCGCGGAAAGCAGCCGGGCAAACAUGGGAAGAUCCCACUCUUGCAGAAUGGCCUGAGAAUGAUUAUCGUCUAUUUUGUGGCGAUCUUGGAAAUGAGGUGAAUGAUGAUGUCUUGUCCAAAGCCUUCUCAAGAUUUCCUUCCUUCAAUAUGGCCAGAGUUGUAAGAGAUAAGCGUACAGGCAAAACCAAGGGCUUUGGUUUUGUAAGUUUUUCUAAUCCAACUGACCUUGUUGGAGCACUGAAAGAAAUGAAUGGGAAAUAUGUAGGAAACCGUCCGAUUAAACUUCGCAAAAGCAACUGGACUGAGAGAACUGAUCAUGAGGCCCUGGGAAGACAAAAGAACCAGUCUCAGAAGAAGAGAAAGCUGCCGAAGAGAAGCGUGUUGCACAAAUGAGUGGGUUUCCGGGUUCAGGGCGGGGCGGGUCCUGGGGCCGGGUGGAAGCAGGGCGGGUCUAGGAGUCUAAUAUUUUCUAGCGGGGCGGGUCUCGGGGUCUGCAGAACCCAUCUCGAACCCGUGCUGUCGACAUGCGUACGAAGCUACAUUACAUCAAGGAAUGUUUCCUUGAUCUCAACAUCAAGAUUAGAGCCUGGUAUUAAGUAUUCCUCCGUCCCACUCGUAAAAAUGUUAUUAAUUGAGGAAAGAUAUAAAUAAAAAAGUUUUGAGUGAGUCUUAGAGGUGAGAAUUUUAAUAAAAUUGAUUUAUGUUUGUUAAAUGGAUUUAAGAUUGAUAAAUUUACUAAAUAUAGAAAGGAAUAUCUUUUGUGGGACAGAAAAAGAGUCCUUUGUGUGUGGGAAUAUAUAUGUAAUACUCCUCCAUCUCAUUGAAGGGGUGCUAUUUUCUAUUUUUGUCUGUUUCAAAACAAGGUUACUAUUUCCUAAUUUGGUAAUUGUACUACUUAACAUAAUAAAUACUCUUACAACUUCUA